CAAUAUUUAUGAAAUAUAUUCUUGCUCUAUUAUUUGUUGCCAUCACAUAUGCUGGAAAUUGUGGUCAAACAUGUUGCCAAGAUUUAAAAACUAGAGCUCCAAUGACAUUCUAUUACUUUAUCAAUACUGGAAGAUUCUAUGGAGGAAGUGGGGAUUCUCAAAUCAAUACUUUUGGGUAUUCUGGAGCCGGAAAAGUAUUUAUUACAUAGAUUCAUGAUUAGUAUAGAAAUGACCCAACAGCCUAAUGUUUAAAAAAUCAAGGACCUGCCCCAGCAAAUACUUAUACAAUAAAAACAUGCUAAAAUACUAUGCAUAAUCCUCCAGUUGACAGACCUUGCUCAUUUUGGAUAGACGGCAACGACUAAGAUAGAAUGUGCGGAAGAACAGAAAUUAUGAUUCAUGGAUGCGCUUGCUGUACACCAAGUGAUUGGAGUGUACCUCCCGUUGAUGGAUGUUCUGCAGGGUAAUUAUUAAUGCUUAAUUCAGAUGUAUCAUCAUUAAUGAGGAGAAUAGAAAAAAACUUAGAGUGGGAGACACUCUAAUUGUUUAGGAGACUGAUCCAUUGGGUGAGAAUAUUAGAGCAGAUGACAUCAUCAUGGAUUAAGAAAUUAUGUAUGAGUGAAUUAUUAAUUUACCAUCAUAAUUAUUAACUAUAAA